AUGAGGACCUGGGCUUGCAUUUUGCUGAUAGGUUUUUGCUACCUUCCCUUCGCGUUUCCUGAGGAAGCUGAAAUCCCCCAGGAGCUAAUCGAGAGACUGGCUCACAGCGAAAUCCACAGCAUCCGCGAUUUGCAGCGCCUCCUGGAGAUUGAUUCCGUAGGAUAUGACGAUGUUUCAGAAACAGACUUGAGAUCUCAUAGUGUUCAUUCUGCUAAACAUGUCCAAGAGAAUCACCCUGUACCCAUUCGCAGAAAAAGAAGCAUUGAGGAAGCCAUUCCUGCCGUCUGCAAAACAAGAACUGUUAUAUAUGAGAUACCUCGGAGUCAGAUCGAUCCCACGUCUGCUAAUUUCCUGAUAUGGCCACCGUGCGUGGAGGUGAAACGUUGUACUGGCUGUUGCAACACCAGCAGCGUGAAAUGCCAGCCGUCACGGAUACAUCACAGAAGUGUCAAGGUGGCAAAAGUGGAAUAUGUUAGAAAAAAGCCAAAAUUAAAAGAAGUUCUGGUGAGGUUAGAAGAGCAUAUGGAAUGCACCUGUACAUCAUCAAAUUCUAAUUCAGAUUAUCGAGAAGAAGAAACUGGUACAUUUUUAAGAGCCGAGAGAGAGAGAAACAGAGAGGCUUGCAGUAACUUGUUGUGCUGUCAUAAAUGCUACAGCCACCAUCUGUUUCCAGACUACAACUUGAAAGAAAACCAAGCAGCAAUCUCAUAA